UUCAAUACGUUGAAGUCCCCGAUCAAUCCGUACCUUCCUCCUUUGACAACAUCCUCACCGGCGCCAAGGCGAUAAUCCACAACGCAACCAUCGACCCGCUGGCUCCCGCCGCCGCUGCCGAGGUGCCCGAGAAGCUAAUCACACCUGUGGUCGAUCUGGCCAGCGCGAUAUUCUUGGCGGCACUGGAGGUGCCGAGUAUCGAGCGGUUUGUGUACGUGGGAUCUUCAGUCUCGGUGGUCAAUGGGGAGAUCCUUGACGGGAGGAAGUUUACGGAGGAGGAUUGGACUGGGAUUACGGUUGAGGAUGCUGUUCGAGCGGGGGGUGGCUGGCUGGCAUACACCGUUGCUAAGACCUCGGCCGAGAAGAAGAUUUGGGAGCUGACGGAGGAGAGGAAGCCGCGGUUUGAGGUUGUGGUUUUGAAUCCACCUGGUAUGAAUAUCUUGAUUUUAUCCGAUUUUUUAAUGCAAUGAUGCUGAUGCGAAGGCAGAGAUUAUCGGCAAAAGCUUGCACGAAGUCAAGGAGGCCAAGAGCAUUAGUGGGAUCGGAACGAAGGGCCUCAAGAGCCUUAUUGAUGGAAAAGAGCCCACAGGGAUUAGUCCUGCAACGUAUGGCAACUUCAUGUAUGCUCCUCGCGCUUUCUCCCGAGUGAUCGUACAUGACUAACAGAUACGCCAGCAACGUGAUCAACGUCGCCAAAGCCUUCCACGCAGCCAUCUCUGCGCCACUCGAACACACCGGAAAGGUGCAUCGUUACUUGAUUGCUGAUGGCACUUAUUCAUCUCACGCUGUUAUACCUGCCUUGUUGAGGCGUUAUCCUCAGUUGGAGGGGCGUCUACCGACUCCAGAUCCUACGAAAAUCAAUGAGAUGGAGAGGCAAAGGGGAUUUGAUACCUCAAAGGCGAAGGAAGAGCUUGGGUUGGCGUUGGACACGCCGUGGGAGCAGACUAUCAUCGAGGAGCUUUUUGGGGACUAUUUGGCUUUUCUGGAGGGGAGCUAUGUUAACUAG